ACAACACCCACGAAUUGAAGUCUUGAUCGAACCCAGAGCGAAUCAUCAUGUCCGUGCCUGAGUUCGUCCGUCGCAAGUCCGGCACAAUGUUCAGCUGCCACCCGCCCUUCGCUCUUGAAACGGCCGCCUCUACCUUCGAUAGCACGGCUCCCUUCUUCCGCUCUCAAACACCUCCGAUAUCGUCGUACCACGAGUAUCCCAUCCACUCGCUUUCAGCCGAGCUCGCUCGCAGAAACUCCGCCGCAAGACUGGCCUCUCCCUGCCGCGCUGCAGUCGAGGAGAAUGAGUUCGAGGAUGAAUUCAGAAAGGAAGAGGUUGCCGCGGCGUUAUUCUCCAGCCCUCGCCUCACGGCCAUGGCUCCACACGGUCAGACGGAGGUCGAAGGAGGCAAGACAAUCUGGGGCGACGAAUACCACGACAACGAAGAGGACGAAGCCGGCCUUGCUCGCCAUCCCUCCCUCCCUGAUCUGCUCCCGGAGACUGUCCCUCACUCCUCGACAUCUCCUCCGCCUCCUUCGCCGGCUGUCUCGCACCAUGAGGCGAUCACUCCGUCGGACGAGAGGACUCACCCGUUCCUCGCGCACCAUGAUGCGAAAGGUCUGAAGUGCCCGCAUUGUGGAGUCAGAUUGACGGUGAUAGUCGAGGAGGAUGAGGAGACGGAUGUAAAGGGUGUCUGUGCGUGUGAGGAGAAGAUGGAAAUUGAGCAGGGAAAGAGUAUGUGGGCUGCAGGGAAGCGAGAUGGGCCGGUACAAGUUUUGAGAGGGGCUUGGUGA